AUGAUUGUGGACUUCAGGAAGAGCACUGUCCCCCCGCCCCCACCCUCCGUGAUGGACUCCCCCAUCACCUCUGUGGAGUCCUUCCGUUUCCUGGACAUCACCAUCACCCAGGACCUCAAGUGGGAGCCGACCAUCAGCUCCCUCAUCAAGAAGGCCCAGCAGAGGAUGUACUUCCUGCGGCAGCUCAGGAAAGCCAAGCUGCAGUUCUACACGGCCAUCAUCGAGUCCAUCCUCACCUCCUCCAUCACCUCCUCCAUCACCUCCUCCAUCACCUCCUCCAUCACCUCCUCCAUCACCUCCUCAUCACCUCCUCCAUCACCUCCUCCAUCUCCUCCUCCAUCACCUCCUCCAUCACCUCCUCCAUCACCGUGUGGUUCGCUGGAGCCACAGUCAGGGACAAACAGACUACAGUGCAUUGUGCGCUCUGCAGAGGAAGUGAUCGGCCGCAGCCUUCCAUCGCUGCAGGACCUACAGAGCCUCUACCAAUCCACCGAGUCCAAAUAUUCUCCUCUUUCUCCCAUAACAGGUGUUUAA